ACCCGGAAGAUAUGACGUUCCUUGCUCGCUUUCGAUAUGACUGUGCGAAUUCAUGAUUUAUCGAGAGGCAUGUGCAAAUGCAAUGGCUGAUAGUGGUCAAGUGACAAAAAUGCAUCUGAAUACAGCCGGCGGCGGAAUAGACGGGAGUGGUGCAGGGCCCUAGGAGUCUUUCCAUACUAUAUAAGUCGAGAUACAGCUCUCGAUGAUGUGUACUAAGUCUUCUGACUUCAUCGUUACUUCAUCGUCACAUUUCAUAUCGAGUUGAGAGCUAUGGCAGUUGAGUGUUUCUUGUUCAUCGGGAUGAUCGCCGCCGCCCAUGGAGCGUUCCUUCAUCACCCAAUUCCAGCUGGAGCUGUGCUCACCGUGGCGAAGCCAGUGGACUCGCAUGACCCAAACCCGCAGUACAACUACGCUUACAACGUCCAUAACGCCCUGACAGGUGACUCGAAAAUGCAGCACGAGAUCAGAGACGGUGACGUAGUUCGUGGCAGCUACUCUCUCGUGGAACCCGACGGAUCGCUUCGAGUCGUCGACUACACUGCUGACCCCGUAAACGGGUUCAAUGCCGUAGUUCGCAAGAAACCUGCCAUAGUCAAGGUCGCAGUCACCGCUCCAGUCACCCUGGCGAGACCUUUGACAGUCGCUCCUCAUCGCCUUCUGUUUGCCUACCCGGGUUCUGCUUAUGCACAUCGUACCCUGGGCUUGAUCCAUCAUUAAGACCGAGCAAUGACCCUCGAUCGAUCACGACAACGAAUUAACUGGCCAUUUGAAAUGAUACCGCUAGUUCCCUGAUCAGUUGCGCUGCUUAUUUUUGGAAUCGAGAACGUUAAGGAACCAGUAAUGAAAAUGUACAUGCAGCUUAGAUCCUUUGGUACCAUUUUCGGUAGCUAUACCCUCUUGCACAUGGAUUAUAUUGAAUACCUCAUGGUUCUGUUUCCUCUUUGAGUAUACUUAUGUUAGUCACCAUGUUUUUUGUACAUAUAUAAGCUUUUUAUAUUACUCUUCACCGCGAAACUAUUGACAUCAUUGCAAUAGCUAGUUAUUAUAAUCUGAGUGUCUGCAGCGCUUAUGCAUUCGUAGCAAUAAAUCAUAUAACCACAUCAGAAC